AUGGAGCCUAAAGUCGUCCCUAUUACGGUAAUCCUAAUCAGUAGUAAUCAGUACAAGAAAUUGCCUAAAGCUGUAUCUAAUCUAUUGAACCUCUUGGCAGGCACAGGGAGCAAUCUUAGGGAAAACAGUGAGAAAUUGGAAGGCGACAUGGUUUUUUUAAGAAAGAGAAAUGGGGUCGUUCGCAAGGUUUUCCGAUGGCCGAAUGGCCAAAUCUGUUACACCAUUUCUCCAUCAUACAAUCAAUCCCAAGCUGAUAUUAUCAGAAGUACCAUCGCAAGUGGGUUCAGUGGUACCUGUGCUCAGUGGAAGGAGUGUCACACGUGCUGCAACGGAGACUACAUCAAUAUAACAUACAGCAACGAUCAUGGCUGCGAAUCGGCCGUUGGGAGAUGGGGGGGUCAACAAAUUUUAAACUUUCAGUCGUCGUGCUUUGAUAGGGGCACGAUGUUGCACGAAAUGCUACACGCUGUCGGCUUUCGGCAUCAACAUAACAGUCCAGAUCGAGACGACUACAUCACGAUAAACCGAGAGAAUUUGAAAGAUGGUUCCACAACCGUCCUCAAAAAAUACACUUCAAGCGAAGUGACCAAUUUUGGCCUACCUUACGAUUAUUGUAGCGUAUCGCAUUACAGUAUGUUUGCCUCCUCGAAAAACGGCAAGCCGACUAUUGUUCCAAAAUUUCCAACCACGUGUGAAUUGGGAACUGCUACAGAUUUAAGCCCAAUAGACAAAAAAAAGAUUAAUCUAAUGUACCCUUGUGGAUUAUAAUUGAAUAAUCAGAACGAGUGUAGCAACACUAUUAGCAAACGAAC